AUGGCUUCUGCUGCUUCGUUGCCUGCUGAUGCUUCUUCUUCAGUUACAGCUCCUGUUUCCUUGGUGAUUACUCCGGUGGUUCCUGGGACAUCUUCGGCCGCAGUGUCUGUGCCCGGUGAGGUGUCCCCUCCGGCUGGGAGCACGGCACCUCCUGCUGUUUCGGUGUCCGGAGUUCCGUUGGUGUCUGGGACCGUCUCUCCUGAAGGCGCAAUCUGUGGGAGGCCUGUGAUUUCUGACCGCAUUGUUGGAGGUGUGGAUGCAGCAGCUGGACAGUGGCCGUGGCAGGUCAGCCUGCAGCAGAAUAACGCUCCCCUUUGCGGGGGAUCAGUCAUCACUGACUCCUGGGUACUGACGGCCGCUCACUGCUUUGAAACGCCCCUCGAUAUCUCGGGAUAUGAAGUGUAUAUAGGGGCGUAUAAUCUGUCAAUCCUGCAGAACCCACAAACAGUGUCCAGAAAAGUGAAACAAGUCAUUAUCAACCCGGCCUUCACCGAAGAGGGAUCCAGUGGAGACAUUGCACUGGUGCAGCUGGACACCCCUCUCAAAUUUACCCCUUACAUCCUUCCCGCCUGCCUCCCCUCCCAGUCUGUGGAUCUUACAGUGGGUACCAUGUGCUGGGUGACAGGAUGGGGGGGUAUUAAAGAAGGAGUGCCACUGCCCUCCCCUCAAACCCUGCAGAUGGUACAGGUGGCUCUGAUCGCCAAUGCUAACUGCAAUUACAUGUACCAGUCCAGCAUGGGCUUGAACCCCAACCUGCAGCUGAUCCAUAAUGACAUGGUCUGCGCCGGGUACCAGCAGGGGAACAAAGAUUCAUGCCAGGGCGACUCGGGCGGCCCUCUUGUGUGCAAUGUGAAUGGGGUCUGGCUGCAGUACGGCAUUGUUAGCUGGGGGUAUGGGUGUGCACAGCUCGAUCAUCCAGGUGUUUACACGCGAACCCAAUAUUACCAGUCCUGGCUCCGGCGCUAUGUGCCGUCUUUGCCGUACAGUGAUGGAGGAAACGUUUUGUCUCCUAAUAUUUUAACUCCUAAUAGCACAGUGAUGAAUUCAACGGGCAAUGCUACCUUUACAAAACAGGACCUGUGGCCAGGAAACGGGGCUCACGCCCACGUCGGGUCAAUGGUUAUUGUGAUGCUGUUCCUCCUGUCUCUGGUGCUGGUUCUGUAA